CGUUCAUGGGUGGAUGAGUGACAGCAGUGGUUUUCAGCUCACAGCGGUGGUCAGAGCUGCCUGGAAUAGCACACCCAUGUGAUCAACAGUCUAUUUGUAGGUGUGUGUACAGAGCGGGCUGCACUUACACGGGUGUCUCAAGAGAAGAGUGCAGUGAGGGGUCUGCUCUCUCGCUCUGUCGCACGCUCGUUGUCUAUGCCGGUGAAGUUUCACAGGUACUUUCAUUAUUCUGUUAGGCCUGUCUCUGAGCUCGGACCUCCAACGCGUCCAAGAGAAGUACCAUGGUUUUGAAGAAGCUGGCAGUCCUGGGGAAGCAGCUCCUGCGAGUGAAGGUGGUGGACUGCAGCAAUGAAGACACGCGCCUCUCACGCUGCCUCAACACCUUCGACCUGGUGGCGCUGGGCGUGGGCAGCACUCUGGGAGCAGGGGUCUACGUGCUGGCAGGCGCUGUGGCACGGGACAACGCCGGUCCUGCCAUCGUCAUCUCUUUCCUCGUUGCUGCGGCAGCGUCCGUGCUGGCUGGCCUGUGCUAUGCAGAGUUUGGCGCCCGUGUACCCAAGACUGGCUCUGCAUAUUUGUACAGCUAUGUGACGGUGGGCGAACUCUGGGCCUUCAUCACAGGAUGGAACCUCAUCCUCUCCUACAUCAUUGGGACGUCCAGCGUGGCACGUGCCUGGAGUGCCACAUUUGACGAGCUCAUUGGGAAUCACAUUGAGCAGUUUUGUCGUACCUACCUGAGCAUGCACGUGCCAGGCGUCCUUGCAGAGUACCCUGAUAUGUUUGCUGUGCUCAUCAUCCUCACGCUGACAGGUUUGCUGGCCUUUGGGGUGAAGGAGUCUGCUAUGGUCAAUAAGGUGUUCACCUGCAUCAAUGUCCUGGUGCUGCUCUUCAUGGUGGUGUCGGGCUUGGUCAAGGGCACACUCAAGAACUGGAACCUGGACCCCAGCAACAUUCUCAAUACUACUAAUUCUUCGUUCAACUCAUCGCUGCAGCUGCCAUCGAAGGAGAGCCUUGGAGUAGGAGGUUUUAUGCCCUUUGGCUUCACUGGAGUGCUGUCAGGUGCUGCUACCUGCUUCUAUGCCUUUGUGGGCUUCGACUGCAUUGCCACCACAGGGGAGGAGGUGAAAAACCCCCAGCGGGCCAUCCCCAUUGGCAUAGUUGCCUCACUCCUCAUCUGCUUUGUGGCCUACUUUGGCGUGUCAGCCGCCCUCACCAUGAUGAUGCCCUACUACCUGCUGGACAAGAUGAGCCCAUUGCCUGUGGCCUUCAAGUAUGUGGGCUGGGAGGGGGCCACCUAUGCAGUGGCAGUGGGUUCACUUUGCGCCCUGUCCACCAGCCUGCUCGGUGCCAUGUUUCCCAUGCCCAGAGUCAUCUGGGCCAUGGCAGAGGACGGCUUGCUCUUCAAAUUUAUCGCCAAAAUCAGCUCGAGAACCAAAACCCCCUUAAUCGCUACUUUAACAGCGGGUGCCGUGGCAGCGGUGAUGGCCUUUCUGUUUGACCUCAAGGACCUGGUGGAUCUCAUGUCUAUUGGCACACUAUUGGCAUACACUCUGGUGGCAGCCUGUGUCCUGGUCCUCCGGUACCAGCCGGAGCAGCCCAUCCAGCUGUACCAGAUGGCCAACACACAAGAUGAGAUGGAACUCAGCGAGUCCAUCGGCACCCUCAGCAUGGGCAUUCUUCCAGGCAUGGAAGAGCGCCUCAGCUUGAAGAACGUGUUCUUUCCUGAAAACCCAGAACCCUCAAAACUGUCUAGCUUUGUUGUCAAUGUCAGCACCAGCAUACUAGGAUUCCUCAUUGUUGUAUUUAGUGUACUAGCAGUUCAAGGAGGGCUUGCACUUUGGAAUGUGAUACUCCUGAGUGUUCUGGUUGUAACCUGCCUGGGCCUCACGCUGGUCAUCUGGAGACAGCCAGAGAGCAGGACGAAGCUGUCUUUUAAGGUCCCCCUGCUGCCUUUCAUCCCAGUGAUCAGCAUGUUUGCCAACGUGUACCUUAUGAUGCAGCUUGACAGGGGUACCUGGAUCCGCUUUGCUGUAUGGAUGGCUAUAGGCCUGGUGAUCUACUUCACCUACGGGAUUUGGCACAGUACAGAAGCUAUUAUGGCCCGUUCCAGUGUUGAGGUCAACCUCAAUGGCUACAAGCCCGCCAGUACUACGGAGAAUCCUAUAGCCCCUGAGAAAGCGGCUUUUCUUGGUGUGGGGAGCGAAGAUGACGGGGAUCUCUAAGGAUCCUGGGGCACUGCCAGCUCCCUGAUUUCCCCCCAUCUAACUUUCUUGUAUUUUGAAAGCAAAUUGUGAUGCUUGAAUGACAUGUUUCAGUCAAAAAAGAGAUUACGGGCAAAUCAAAGGGAACCCAGGCUAACUGAGUUCGGACCGGCCCAAAUCAAAAAAAACACAAUAUUUCAUUUAUUUAUUUUUUGUUUUGUUUUAUGUGGAGAGCAUUUUGCAGUUGCAAAUAAGCUGUCUGUUUUGUUGUUAAUUUUAGAAUGGCAAAUGGAUUACAGCACUCUAGUAUGCAUUAAUAUACAGGUGGUCCUUGACGUACGAUGGGGUUACGUUCCAUGAAACCCAUCAUAAGUCAAAAAUA